CGCAGUGGACCAUGCAGUGCCGGGCAGCGGAAUUGGCCAGAGGUGACGGCCUGAUGGGUCCCCAUUUUAUCGCAAAUCCCACAGCCUGUCUUGUCGUCAUCUCUUUCUCAUCUGUGCAUUCAAUUCAAUAUAUGCUUUAGUGGCUUUUCUUUCUUUUGACUGUCUCUUUUCUUUAUCAUUUAUGCUCAUAGUUUAUACACGCCCACGCACCCCUUCUCCCUUCAUAAUUUCUCUACACUUGGUCCACUUUCUUUAAUCAUUCAUUCAUUUGUGCUUACCCAUAACAGCCUCUUCCCUUCCUUUGACAUCUUCUUCAUGGAAACAGAUUCAACACCAAUGGAUGAUUCACUGCCGUCGCCAGGAGAACCAAGGCGGGAAGAUCAGCACCGGACACCAUCACCAUCAACUCUUCUUCCUAAAACACAGCCUAACGGUUUCUAUGGGAAGCAUCGACUGGCAGCUGCAAUCUCUAAUCUCCAAAACCAAAUCAAUUAUCUCCAGGAGGAGCUUGACCAACUUGAGGAGAUAGGUGAAGCCUCCAUCGUUUGUAAAGAGCUCAUUUCAAGUGUUGAAUCCAUUCCGGAUCCAUUGCUUCCACUGAGCAAAGGACCCACCAAUAUUAACUGGGAUCGGUGGUUCAAGGGAGCUCAGAACUCACGAAAACGCUGGAUCUAACAAGCUCCAAUCCAAGAAACUUUCUUUCAGUUACAACUUCCCGGGACAUUGUUAUUAACAAUUAUUAUCAAUCCAAUUCCUGCAACGUAUUUAUGGAAAUAACAAGUACAGCAGCUCCCCAACUUUUUGCA